AUGAGGACACGAUUGGAUACAACUAUUGGCAUUCGGUCAAACUUUCACGGAAACUGUAAGAAGGGAAUGACCGAUGAAGCGAGUAAAUCUAGCAGCCAUAAUGUCAUUCAAUUUGAUCGCGAGAGAUUCUGUUUUAUGGUUGCCGAAAGCAUUAAUCAACGCGAUGGCCGACCAUUAGGUACUUUUAGCGAUGAUCUCAGGAGGGGGUGGUGCGAUUGUGGGAGGUUUCAGGCAUUUCAUUUACCUUGCUCACAUGUAAUCGUAGCAUGUGCCAGUAUACGACAGGACCAUAACAUGCACAUACUAGAUGUUUUCAAGGUUCUGAGUGUAUUCAAAGUCUACAACAAAAGCUUCCUUGGACUUCCACACCAGCAAAAUUGGCCAACAUAUGAAGGAUUCACUCUUUGCCAUGACGAGACAAUGCGAAGGAACAAGAAAGGGCGUCCAAAUAGUACAAGAAUUAGAACUGAAAUGGACGAUCUUGAGAAAGAAAAGAGAAGAUGUGGAAUAUGUCGAGAAAUUGGUCAUAUGCGUAGAAAAUGUCCGAACGUGGCAGACCCGUCUAAAUUAUUUUAUUUGUUUUUCAAAUUAUGUAGUGAGUUUUUAAUAUUUAAAUGA